AUGACUGUGGCAGCUGGAGCAGAGGGCACCUCGUCCGCACGCGAUAACAUCAGCGUGUCUGUGCUGCCUGCACCCCAAGAUGGCGACCCCCGCGAGGGAUCCCGCGGGGCUGUGCCCGGGACCCCCUCCCCGGAUGAAGCCCGAGGCACGGCGCGGGUCGCCGUGCCGGAGCUGACGGGAGCCGCGCAGGCGGCGGCGGGGCCGCUAAACCAACCACAACGCUGGGAGUACACUGGGGACCCAACCAUGACUGUGGCGUGCGGAGCAGAGGGCACCUCGUCCGGCAACGACCUCACGGUCUUGGCCCCCACCUCGUCCAACGAGGUGCUGGCGGCGGCCGACGAGAGGCUCUGCUCCCAACCCAGCUGCCUUCCCCAUGGCCUGCCGGAACCCUCCCCGGUGCCAGCCACAGCACGAGAAAACAUCAGCGUGUCUGUGCUGCCUGCACCCCAAGAUGAUGACCCCCGCGAGGGAUCCCGCGGGGCUGUGCCCGGGACCCCCUCCCCGGAUGAAGCCCGAGGCGCGGCGCGGGUCGCCGUGCCGGAGCUGACGGGAGCCGCGCAGGCGGCGGACCCAACCACGACUGUGGCGUGCGGAGCAGAGGGCACCUCGUCCGGCAACGACCUCACGGUCUUGGCCCCCACCUCGUCCAACGAGGUGCUGGUGGCGGCCGACGAGAGGCUCUGCGCCCAACCCAGCUACCUUCCCCAUGGCCGGCCGGACCCCUUCCCAGUGCCAGCCACAGAGAACAUCAGCGUGCCUGUGCUGCCUGCACCCCAAGAGGAGGACGACGGCAUUCCGGCGGCACGGCUCUCGUUGUUUGCGCCGGAGCGGCUGAACCUCCGGUGGGAGAGCGACGUGGGCAAGGGUGCCGGCCUGCGCAACCUGGGGAACACCUGCUUCCUCAACGCCACGCUGCAGUGCCUCGCCUACACGCCGCCGCUCGCCAACUACCUGCUGCUGCAAGAGCACUGCAGCACCUGCCAACGGAGCGACUUUUGCCUGAUGUGCGUCAUGGAGCGUCACGUCGUCAGCACGUUCAACAACUCGCAGACAGUUCUGACACCCAAGGUCAUCACUAACAACAUCACGCGCAUCGCCAAACACCUGCGCAUUGGGAGACAGGAAGAUGCCCACGAGUUUCUGCGAUACGUGGUCGAUGCCAUGCAAGCCUCAUGCCUCUAUGGCCACAGCGAGCUGGACAGAUACACGGAGGCUACCACCCUCAUUUACCAGAUCUUCGGGGGUUACCUUCGUUCACGUGUGGAGUGCAUGCAGUGCUGCAAUGACUCCAACACCUACGACACAUGCCUGGACAUCGCACUCUAUAUUAAUAACUCAUCGCAUCUGGUGGAGGCGUUUGGGGAGUUUUUCAACGAGGAGAUUCUGGAUGAAUACACCUGUGCAAGGUGCUGUCACAAGGGGAAAGCGACGAAGACGAUGGCUCUCCACCGCCUGCCCAACGUCCUCACCGUCUCCAUCAAGCGGUACAACCUCUACGGCGUCAAGAUCAACCGGAACAUCACCUACCCGGAGCACCUGGACAUGCAACCCUUCACCUCAACAUCUCAGGGCGAGCCCGCGAUCUACUCCCUGUACUCGGUGCUGGUGCACAAGGGAGCCGACUCAAACAGCGGCCAUUAUUAUUGCUACAAUAAGAUCAGCGAUGGAAAAUGGUGCCGGAUGAACGACUCCAUCAUGCGGCUCGUCGACACCAAGGCUGCGAUGAGUGAGCAGGCCUACAUGCUCUUCUAUAUUCGGCAAGUCGCCCUUCUCUCCCCUCCACUUUGA